AUGGAAAAAAGCAGGAAUUGUGACCUUUCCACGAAAAGGGACCUCGAGCCUGAUGACUAUGACGAAGUUGAUUUCCCCAAAUAUCUUUUUCACCCUGGAAAGCUGUUUAAAACCAUCUGAAAUAUGAUCAUCUCUGCACUUUUACUUUAUACCGCAUUUGGUAUGACUUUUGUGCUAUCUUUUUACGAAACUUCUAUGUAUGAUUCAUGGUGGUACGUCGAAAAUGUCCUGAACGGUGUAUUUUUCUGUGACAUUCUUAUUACAUUUAAUAGUGCUUAUGAAGCUGACGAAGUUAUUAUAACAAAUAGGUGAAAAAUAGCUUGAAACUAUAUUACAGGUUGGUUUUGAAUUGACUUAAUUGCUUGCUUUCCUUUUUAUUUGUGAAGUGGGAAUGGGAACACAAGUUAUAGCGGGCUAUUAAGACUGGCCAGGCUGCCCAGGCUUGUGAAACUGUUAAGACUUAGUAGGCUUUUUAAAAUGAUGAAAGGAAGCAGAAAUAACGAAUUCAUGCAAAAAGUUGAAGAAUUUUUAAGCAUCAAAAGAAGUGCUAUGAGACUCUGCAGUUUUAUUUUGCUUGUUAUUGUUCUACUUCACCUAGUAGCUUGCUUAUUCAAUUAUGCCUCAAAAUUUGAAGAUUAUUCUUAUAAAACCUGGGUCGUUGUAAACAAUUUUCAAGACUUUGAAACUGGGUCACUUUAUCUACGAGCACUUUACUGAGCUUUAACAACCCUUGUUACCGUCGGCUAUGGGGACAUCACAGCUCAAAACACUACAGAAAGACUAGUCUCCAUUAUCUGAAUGGCCUUUGUGCUUUUCUUUUUCACCUUUGCAAUUUCCAGCUUGUCAACCAUGAUUUCUGGCAUUGAUACCAAGGCAUCUGUAACUGAACAAAAAUUGGCAUUAAUUGAAGAAUUUUGCAAUGAGUCAGGGGUCGGGUUUGCCUUGAAAAAAAAAUUAAAAGAUUCCCUGAUUUAUUCAACUGAUAGGACUGGGGGGAGUUUGUAUGAUAAACAAAGCGUGUUUAUGGAGCUUCCCAGGUAUUUAAGGUAUGAAGUGUCAAUGUUUAUGCACCAGGGAGCGGCAAGGACUUUGUCAUUUUUUAAGGAUAAAGACCCAGUUUUUGUGUCAUCGGUGGUCCCAUUUUUGAUUAAUCAGCACUAUGCAGCGGGAGAUAUAAUUUAUGAUGAAAAAGAUUACCCAGAGGAAAUGUAUUUUGUACUGAAAGGGAGGAUUGGAUAUGUGUAUAGUGGAGAUUAGAUUAGAUUAGAUUAAAAUUAUAGCGGGUCGUCGGGGUUUAUUUCAGCCCUCUCCGUCCAACGGAUAGCUUCGCGUUGGCGCUAAGCGCUAUCCUCACACCACCUUUUUCCCUACUGAUGUCCCCAAAAAAUGGUGACGUCAGAAGUCUGUCGGGGAGAAAAACCCUACCGUUCGGCCGAGCCUUUCUUGGUCCCAAAUUUCAGCCAAAGACUCCCUUAACCUCUGACAGGGCUCAGAGUAUGGGUGAAUCGUCUUUUGCCUCCUCCAUGGCCUGUCAGAACCUUAUUGCAGGUUCAAGAUCGCUCCCCAUGGAGUAGCAUCGGGACUCUGCGCCGGUAGGGAUUUUCUGCAGGUAAGGAAAAAAGAUCUAAGGUUAUCCCUUAGACCAAAAACCCACCCCGGAGAACUAUCGCCAUGUGGCUCGCCUUUCCUUGCCCGGAUCAACUCACGGGUUGUCAGGAGUCCACGUCAGAUCACGCCAUUUUAAUAAUUCUGUAUAGUGGAGAGGAUUCUAUAAUAUUUAAGCACUUAAGAGCUGACUCCUAUUUCGGAGAAAUCGAAAUGUUUAAAGACAUAAAUCGAAGAUUUACCGUCAAAUGCAUGGAACCAACUGAACUAUUAGUCCUUGAAAAAAAAAUCCUUAAAGACGUCCUCACAAAAUUCCCUAGAGUGGCUUUAGAAAUGAAAAAAAUUGCAGACGAGAGAGAUUUAAGCAAUUUAAUAGCCAAAACUGAAAUGAAAGAAAUUGCUAAAUUAAGAAAAACAGGCGAAAUCACCCAGUUUACACACUUAGAGCUGAGGAAAUAUAUAAAAGACAGAUGUGAUGAAGCAAAAUUAUCCUGAAAAGACGAGAAACAAGAAGAAAUCGACUGAGCCGAGCUCUACGAAAAAGCAAGGGUUACCAAAGAAAGGGUUCAAAAGCUUAAAAAUUUGCAUGAUACCUUAAAAUCUACAGUCGAAAAAAUCGCAGAAACCUGGAAAAGCAGCUGUUAA